GAGAUGUCCCCUUGCCCCACAGAUUCUUUAAUUAAUUCCUUCGGUGUCAUAUACUCAAGGUACAGAGAAGGAAGCUUCUUGAUAGAUUCUUAAUUUCUCAUAAUGCCAAGUAUGAGAGGCCUUCAAGGCUCAUUCAUUACGCGUAGGAGAAGGCAAGAAAGCGAGCACCGGGCCAGAAGAAAAGAAUAAAUCCCCAUGUCCUUUAAACUUGAACAACAUGAAGCCUUCCCUCUUAUUAUAUCAUUCCCCUUAACUAAUCCACACCCCUCGAUAUUUCAAAGUCUCAAGUACCUUCAAUAUCCUUCUUUCUUCUCAUUCAAAAAUUAGCGCCUCCCAGCUUGCCAAUAUUUAAUCCAAAAUGAAAUGCGAGUCCUUUGAAAGUUCAAACCCUCUUGAUGAUGACACCUGUAUAGCCAAUAACUUCUACGUCUGGCUUCUCCAAGUUGUAGCACUCUUGGGUAUUCUAGCCCUUGCUCUAUGGCUAAUCUUCCGUCCCCGAUCCCCAAAGUACACCAUUGUCGACUUCUCCAUCCCCCAGUCCUCGUUAGUCAAGGAUGGACAAAACGGGACCAUCUUGUAUGACCUUGAAAUUGAAAAUCCAAACGAAGACUCCAGUAUAUACUAUGAUGACAUUUUGUUCGCAUUUUAUUUUGGGCAGGAUACUGUAGGGGAGAGAACCAUACCUUCUUUCCAUCAGGGGAUAGGUAAAACUCGUCAAGUAAUUGAUCGUGUGGAUGUCAAUCCACGAGUGUGGAAGUCUCUUCUCAGUGCAAUAUCAAAUGCAACAGCCGAUGUGAAGGUUGGGUUAUCAACUAAGUUUCGAUAUAAGACGUUGGGAAAGAAGAGUAAGCAUCAUAAAUUAGAAUUGGAGGGUCAACUAAAAGUUGGCUCGGAUGGGAAGAUUUCAGGCAAGAAGAAGAAGAUUAAGCUACACCAUGCUUCAAAGAAAUGGAGGAGGUAUAAAGCUUGACCCACUGUGGUUGAGAAUUAGUAAUUACAUGAUUAUAACUUUGGUGCUUUUGUAUAUCUAGAGAUAGAAGAAUGAUUGUAAUUACUUGUAUUUAUGUACAGUUUUAGCAUAUAUAUCACAAUUACCUCUCAGCAAAUUAUUUCUUGACUGUAA